AUGAAGACUUCGCAGCAACACGUAGAAAUCGACCUCCUGGAAAAUGGGAAACACUUUGUGGUUUCGAUUUGGAAUCGCAUGUGCUCUGUCCUUUCGACUGCCCUGACAAUGGCAGACUCAUCUCCCGAUGAAGCAUCCGAGCUUGACGAGAAUCAGACUGCAAACAUACCAUCCGAGUCUCAAGAGGAUAUCGUGCAGUCGUCCUUCAGCUUCCAUCCAGAACGACUCUCUGAAUUAUCAAUUGUGGGGUCUGCUACAGCCAUGAUUAACAACCAUCCGGCCGGUGAUAUUGCACAUAGUAGCGAUGCAUUCCCCAGUCCUGGUGAUUAUGAAUUUCACUUGCUGGUGAGAAUGUCGAGGGCUUACACUGGGACAAAACCUGCUAUACCAUCCUCCCUUGGCGACACACCCUCUGCUACUCUUGGUGUUCAGGGCAUCUUAGAUGAACUGAAUGCCACACUCAGAAUGUCAUGCAUCCUGGACAUACUGACCCUCUCUUCCUUUCUUAAACACUGCAUCAAGAGUGACUAUGACUUUGGCACUGCAUAUGGCCACCUCCAUUGGGCAUGGGAGAAUGAUAUUUAUCCUGAGCAGCCACAUGAGUGGACCAUCCAAGAUAGAUUAUGCAGAAAUGUGAAGGAUUGCAUUGAUGUUUGGAUGGCCAUUAAUGGGAAGGAAUGGCCCAUACGGAUCCCAAAAGACAUCAGCCUUGACCUCAUCUGGAUCAAGAUGCUGAAUCUGGGAGCGGAAUAUGCAUGGUUGGAUGUCCUCUGUUAUAGACAGGAGGGUGGGCCAAGGGAUGAUCUGCAUGUGGAAGAGUGGAAGUUCAACAUGCACACACUCAGAUGCAUGUAUAACAAGAUUCAAGCAAGACCAAAGGUGGUGAUCUACCUGAGCAGGCUAGGGUGCCCUCUGAGCUUGAAGGAGGGUGAUUUACAGUGUGAUCAGUGUUGGUUUAGGCAUGCACAGACACUACAGGAGAUCAGGGACUGA